AUGGAAGAUAAGAGCCAGGACGAGGUACUUCUUGAUGUAUCGCACCAAACGGAGAAAAACAAGGUUCACUUUGCGACAACUGCUAUCAUUAACCGUUCCGCGGUAACAAUUUCUAUCCAGUUCGUCCGGAGUCGUGAGGUCAUCAUCAUGCCGAGGCCACGGGAUGACCUUGACUGGACGCGAUCUGAACCCUACUUCUACGUUGAGUUUGGAAGCACCCAAGGACAUCGGACCAUGUCUUUCUCAGUCUGCAAUACAGUCUCGGAAUCAAGAAGAAGUAGUUAG